CGUACUUAUUAUGUGUCUAAGAAACAUGCUUAGAUAUCGUAAUUAUUUAUUUAAUACAUUAACUAGUCAAUGUAUAAUGUAUCAAUUUGUCAAUUGUUUUUUCAUAACAACUCAACAGCGAUUUUUGGUACAAUCAUCAUCAGAUCAAUUGAAAAAAGAAAAUAUGCAAACAGUACAAUUAUUGUCAGGGUAUGAUAUGCCCAUUGUGGGUUUAGGUACAUGGCAGGCUAAAGCUGAAGAUAUUGAAAAUGUUGUGACAUUUGCUCUAGAAAUUGGCUAUAGACAUAUUGAUACCGCAUUUAAUUAUAAUAAUGAAGAAGCAAUUGGAGAAGUGUUAAGAAAAUGGUUUGAAAAAGGUGGAAAACGUGAAGAUCUUUUUAUCACUUCAAAGUUACCCCAUUAUGGAAAUCGACCAUCAGAUGUAGAAAAAUUUAUUAAUUUAUCAUUGAAAAAACUUGGAUUAGAUUAUUUAGAUAUGUACUUAAUCCAUAUGCCUUUUGCUUUUAAGUUAGAUGAAAAUGCUUAUACUCCAGCAGUUCAUGAAGAUGGAACUUAUGUAUUAGAUCUUGAUACAAAUCCUGUUUCAGUGUGGAAGGAAAUGGAAGAACAAGUAAGAAAAGGUCGUACAAAAUCUAUAGGUUUAAGUAACUUUAAUGAAAAACAGGUGUUAGAUAUAUGGGAGAAUGCACAAAUUAAACCAAGUAACUUACAAAUAGAAUUACAUGCAUAUCUACAACAAAAUUCGCUUCGACAAUUGUGUCAAAUGCACAAUAUCAUUAUAACAGCCUAUAGUCCUUUGGCAUCACCUGGAGCUAAAAUUCAUCUUCAAACAAAAUAUAAACAUAAUAUUGAAAAUUUCCCAGAUCUUCUAGGACAUCCAACAGUACAAAAAAUAAGCGCAGAAUAUAAAAAAUCACCAGCACAAAUUUUAUUACGUUAUUUAUUGCAAAUAGGUGUUGUUGUAAUACCAAAAAGUUCAUCUUUAGAAAGACUGAAAACAAAUAUUGACUUAUUUAAUUUUUCAUUAAAAGAAGAAGAAACAAAACUUUUAAGUACUUUAGACAAAGGUCCACGUGGAAGAAUUUUUAAUUUUUUGUUUUUUAAGGGGGUUGAGAAUCAUCCACAUUAUCCAUUUAAGGAUGAAUUAUAAUCCUAAUAAUUAAAAAAAAAGAUUAUUAAUAUGUAGUUUAAAUAUAUACAUAUUUAUAUAUUGAAA